AUAUGUAGCACAUACCCCUUAAUCAACUUCUAACAAAACACAUUCUUGAUUCUUCUAACUUUUUCACACCAAUGGCAAAGCUACUCCAUUUCAUUCCUCUCUUAUUCAACACAUUCAUCAUCACCAUGACAUUGUUCCAAACAAUUUCAGCUCAAACAGCAUCAUCUCCAGCACCAUCAGGACCAACAAACAUAACAAAAAUCCUAGAAAAAGCAGGACAAUUCACAACAUUCAUGAAGCUACUAAAAGCAACACAAGUAUCCGAUCGAAUCGAUUCGCAACUCAACAACUCAAACCAAGGACUCACAAUCUUUGCACCAACAGAUAAUGCAUUCUCAAGUCUAAAAUCAGGAACAUUAAACUCAAUCAGCACACAAAACCAACUUCAACUUUUGCAGUUUCAUAUUUUACCAACACUUUACACAAUUUCACAGUUUCAAACUGCAAGUAACCCCUUGCACACGCAAGCUGGAAACAGUGAUGAUGGAGAGUACCCUCUUAAUGUUACUACUUCAGGAAAUCAAGUUAAUGUAACAACUGGUGUUAUUGAUACAACAGUUUCUAAUACUAUUUAUAGUGAUAAUCAGCUUGCAGUUUAUCAGGUUGACAAAGUACUUCUUCCUAUGGCACUUUUUGGUUCUGUAGCUCCGACUGCGGCGCCGACCGAGGCUCCGGCUCCCAGUAAAUCGGAGAAACGUGUUCGGUCAUCUGACGCUCCGGCAGGGUCAUCGGAUGCUUCGGUUGAUGCUUCGAGUGCUGUGAGUCUGAAUAGCUACAGAGUUGAAGGUGUUCUAUUGUUUGUUGCUGUUCUUGCCAAAAUCUUUGUUUUUUGAAUGUGGAUGUAUGUAUGAACGUAUGUAACUAUUUUGUUUUUCCUAUUUUCUUUUAUUUUUUCCUUGUUUGAGGGAGUUUGAGUUGAUUGAUGAUGAAGAUAUAUCUCUUGUACUCUUGUUGUUACAAUGUGAAGAAAAUUUUGAGUUCAAUGUAAGUGAUUUUUUCAUUGGAAUCUGUAAUAUAAGAAGUGAAGCCAUUUAUGUAUUAUUUUUCAUAGAA